GAAAAGUUUUUGCAUCCUGUUCAGUUGGUGGGAUUGUCCUGAACUCGUGCAGAUGAACGGGAGGUAGCAGGAUACUAUUGCAUAUAUUUUCUUUCAUUUUAAAACCUUCCACCUCGACGGCUUCUCUUGGAUGUCGACAAGUUUGAACCUCGAAUCUUGACGUUCUUCAUCUACAAACGAUUUCACUGCUCAGGAAAGGAGAAUUUUCUUCUCAUAUUAUAGAAACCAAUUCAAAAUGGCUGCUGGUUUGAAGCUCAUCGGGUUAUUUCUCUGCGUUGCCAUGGCAACGGGAGAUCACCAUAUGUUGUCGUCGUUGGAGGAACUGGCUGAAAUUCAGAGAGAUCUAUACCUCAGGACGUUUGAGUUCUUCAAUGAUAGUGUGAGCACAGAGAUGGAUAAAAUGAUCGAGAAACUAAAGGCCCUUGAAUCAAGGCUAGACGAUGUCGAGGGAAGAUUGCAAGAUUAUGCCUUUAAGAUCCCACCAGCCGAGUUGGCGUCAUCUUGCGACGCGGAGCGGGCUCUUGUUCGCCUGAACUCGUCCCUUGCGUUAUGGUACCAGCGACUGACGCAACGUCUGGCUGCCGUAGAAGAGAUCAUACAAUUCAUUGCAGUCUCAGAAACAAGCGCUGCCCGAACAGGAAACGACAAUGAAGUCCCGCUCGAACCAGAACCCGAACUGGUACGUGACAACCGGCCGACAACCACCACAACCAGAAGGACGACUAUGAUGAUGGAAACGACGCCGAAGACGAAUGAGCGUUUGAUGACCACAGAGCCGACAGAGCCAAUCCGAAAGACAACAACACGCGCCCCAACAACACGGAGAACAACAACAACUCAACCACCAACGACCACAACCAUGCCUACAACCACUCCCACCACAACAAUGCCACCUACGACAACCAUCCCAACAACCACUCCUAUGCCAACCCCAUUGAAUUGUAAAGAGGUUGCUGCUAGGGGCGAGACUGUUUCAGGAUGGUACCUUAUUGAUCCAAUGCAAAGAGGAAACCCAUUCACAGUUUACUGUGAAUUGCCAAAGGGUGUAACAUCGGUCGGUCACACAGUGGCGGAUAGGGAGAUCCAUAACAACGGAUUUGAAGGACCUGGAGACUUCCAACUUAAUCCAGUCUACACAAACGCCACAAUCAACCAGAUGAAGGCACUUACAUUAGUCUCACAGAACUGUAGCCAGUUCAUCAAGUACCGGUGCCGAGCCGCUGUUCUCUUAGCUACAGAGAAGAAGAGUGGAUUGCGAUAUGGAUAUUGGGUAUCUGUUGAUGGCGAACAUAUCGGCAGUUGGGGUGGAGCUCCUAUCAACAGUGGCAAGUGCGCAUGCGCCCUUACAGCUCGUGGCUGUCUGGAAAACAAGAACUGCAACUGCGAUUCCAACCCCAAACAAUUUGCCAUCGAUGAGGGUAUAAUCUCUGACAAGCCCUACCUGCCAGUGACGGAUGUCCGUCUUGGUGAUACUGGUAGUAAGAAGGAGGAAGGAUAUGUCACUCUCGGCCCCUUGCGAUGCCAGUAAAAUAGUUCCGUCUUCGUCCUCGUUCUCACAUCAGAUAUCAACUACAGAGAACUUUUGAGCUGCAUAAUCCUUGAGACAUUGUUUCUAUGUGAUGAUAUUAUUUGUUAUCACUUCCAUCAUCAUCUCACGAUUUGGAAGCGGAGUGGAAAUUUCUGAAAGUUGUUUUUCAUAAAAACUGCAGGUAUAUAGUGAACAUUUUGGAUAUAUUUGGUAAAGUUGACUUGUGUAUUUCUACAAUUCACACCAAAACUCACCUAAAAUUUUGUGGACAGAAAGGUGAAAUAAGGGGGGGGGGUCGAAUUAGGAUAUUAAUAAUUUUCUACAUAAUUUUGCCAUUUUUUUCUUCAUUAGAAUGUAAAUAUGUAUUUAGGCUAUUUCAACAAAUAGGAAUGUCACAAAAAUAUUAUAAGUAGAAAACUACUAUACUCGUGUACAUAAAACUAGGAUAAGUGUGUUUUAUAUUUCUCCUAAGCAAGAUAGAUGGAUUGAUAGAAUGUAAUGUCUAUUGAUCUUACGUGACUACUGCCAGCGUUGCACUAUUUGUCAUAUUGUAAAUCUGUAGUUUAGAUUGUGAAUAUUGCAAAAGUGAUUUACUGCCCCGUAUCUUAUCUUUGGAUUUGAUAUUUUGUCUCUUUGUGGCAACAAAUAAUUGAUAGAAACAAAUAGAUUGGAAUACCAGUGUUUGUGUAGCGAUAAUUAUAUUGAAUUAGAUUGUUUACCUAUUUAUGAUAAUUUGAUUAUUUCUAUAAUAUGAAUAUGCACAAAUGAAAAUUCAGAUCACAAUGCUCAUAAAUCAUUUUUAUUAACAUAAAUUUAAAUAAUAUACUUUUUUGAAUAAUUUCCCAUUCUACCUUCUCUGAUGAACUUUUUUAUUAUGAUGAUAACGAAUUUAGAACAUACUGGUCAAUAUCUAAUUGUAUCAUAGCUGCGCUGAUUCCUUUUUGUUUUCAGUAUUACUUCAAAAUACAAAAAGUUAAGAAAACAGUAUUAACCAUGUUAACCGUUAGGUAUUACAUUCAAGAUGCAUCAUAAUCUCUUAAUAUCACAUCAUUGUUUGAUUAUCAUUUUGAGAAUUUUGUCCAGAAUUGCUGCGGUGACAAUGUCAA